UCACCACCAGGAGGUCGGGAGGGAAAGAUGGAAAAAAAGAGAUUACAGAGAGAGAGAGAGACGGAGAAGAAAAAGCCAAUUACUUUAAUUCUCCAAUUCUCGAAUUCGUCCAUUUCUUCGUUGCUCUUCGAUAUAUUUAUAUCUCAUCUUGAUUUCAUUUCAAUUGUCUCUGAACUUGCGCCUAGAUUUUUCUUGUCAAUUGAUUAAUUGAUGCUUAAUCACUACGGGCAGCUACGCCUGAAUUUUGGUCUGCCACGAUGAUGAUUGCUACACCGGCAUGGGAAUAGCGACGCCGCCUUCUCCUCAGCCAGCUCGACCCUACCUUAGCCCACCGAAGCCCGUCUCGCGACCACCCUACAGGCCUAAUUUGCCCACUUCUAUGUCCCAAGGCUACCACCACGGCGUCUUCAGCUUCUCUUAUGGCUUCGACCGGUCUGCCAGCCAAGAGCAGCAGGACCCCAUCGCCCAGCAAAGCCGGCGGGACAAGCUAAGAGUGCAAGGACUCGAUCCGGGCGGCCAUCCGCUUGUCCCUACAGAGGAGGAAGGAGAGGACUCUGGCAUCUAUGAGUCCGCCACCACCACUGCCGCCACCGCCCAGGCCAACAACAUGCUUUCCGAGAUUUUCAGCUUCCCGACCAUGCCCGCUACUCCCACUUCUGACCUGCUCUCCAGCCAGAUCUCCACGAGCUACCGCCAACCCCAGAGGCUGGGGAUGAUGGCCGGCUUCUCGGGGGACUGGUACAGUGCCAACCGACAAGGGGUGGUGCUGGGUGGUACUAACUUGAGCUCGUUUGGUGACUCCACGGAGAAGCACCACCAUGGAGGCAGCCAGCAGCAUCAUCCGAUGUUUGGGCUGAACGCCGACUCCACAGCAGCGAUGCAGCUGUUUCUAAUGAAUUCGACACUGCCGCCAUUGCUGCAGCAGCAUCAUCACCAAAGGUCACCAUCCCCAUCACCACCAGCUCCUCCUCCCACUCUCCGCCGCCACCACCACCAAGCCUUCCAGUCCUUCGGUGAUGCAUCCUUCAGCGGCGGUGUGGUGGAGAGCCAGGGUCUAUCAUUAUCGUUAUCAUCAUCACUGCAGCAAUUCGAGAUGCCAAAAGUUGAGGAGCUGAGGGUUCAAGAUGGGGUGCUGUAUAACUUCAACAAUCAAGCACAACAGCAGCAGGACCACCACCACCUUUCGCUCCACUUACAAGGUCAUGGUCAUGGCCAGCCGGUGCGCAUGGGGUACGGAACGACGGCAGUGGUGAAUGUGCUCAGGAACUCCAAGUAUGCCAGGGCGGUUCGGGAGCUCUUGGAAGAGUUCUGCAGUGUUGUGAGGGGCCAAUUGAAGGGAAGUAGGAUAGGGAUGAACCGCGGCAGCUCUUCAAACCCUAACCCUAGCCAUGGAGUUGGGGGCGGCGCUUCUAGCUCCGUUGCCGGGGCCUCUUCAUCUUCUAAGGACCUCCCUCCUUUGUGUCCUGCUGAUAGGUUCGAGCACCAGAGGAAGAAGGCCAAGCUCAUCUCCAUGCUUGAUGAGGUCGACAGAAGAUACAACCAUUACUGUGACCAGAUGCAGAUGGUGGUGAACUGUUUCGACUCAGUCAUGGGCUUUGGGGCUGCGACACCGUACACUGCGCUUGCCCAGAAGGCCAUGUCACGCCAUUUCCGGUGUCUCAAGGAUGCAAUUGCCGCACAAUUGAAGCAGACAUGCGAGCUCCUCGGAGAGAAGGAAGCUGGGAGCAGCUCAGGCCUGACCAAGGCGGAGACCCCAAGGCUUCGGUUGGUAGACCCAAGCCUACGGCAACAGAAAGCUUUCCAGCAGAUGGGAAUGAUGGAACAGGAGGCUUGGAGGCCUCAGCGCGGCCUGCCGGAACGCUCAGUGAAUAUUCUGAGAGCUUGGCUUUUUGAGCAUUUUCUUCACCCGUACCCAAGUGACGCAGAUAAGCAUCUGUUGGCAAGGCAGACAGGUUUAUCAAGAAGUCAGGUCUCCAACUGGUUUAUUAACGCCAGAGUCAGACUAUGGAAGCCCAUGGUGGAGGAGAUGUACCAACAAGAAGCCAAGGAGGAGGUAGGGGAGAGAGAAAGGAAUGAAGCAAGCCACCACCAGGGAGCAUUGUCACCAACACUGCAGCAGCCCCAAGGCCAAAGACUGGGCACCGGUGCGCCAUCCGAAAGCGACCCAUAUCCGGCUGCGCCUCCCGCAAGCCAGCACCACCACCACCUGUUCGCUACCUCCUCCUCCAAUGAAAACCCACCACCUGCGGUGGCCCAUUCGUCCAACGGUGGUGCAGGAGGCGGUGACGACACCCUCCUCGUCCGCAUCGUUGCACCGGAGUUCUGUGGGUCCGACGUGCAGGUGGGACCCACCGAUGACAUGUAUCGAAAUGGGACCUCGUCGGCCGCCACGUUGGGUCCUGCUGCACCGAUGAGGUUCGGGACUGCUGGUGAUGUGUCGCUAACUCUUGGGCUACGGCAUGUUGGGGGCAACGCUUCGGAGAAGGGCCGGUUCUCGGCUAAGGACUUCGGUGGUUGUUAGGGUGGAGUAAAAGGAUGAAGAAGGAAAGGAUUAAAGGAAACAGAAGAUCAAAGACAGAGAUGAAUCUUCUCUUAACCAUUUUAGCCUUUCUUUUGUUUCUUAGAGAAAAUAGAUAGCAAAAGACAGAGAACUGUAUGGUAUAGAUUGUUUUGCAGGCCGCUAUAUAUAUUUUUUCUUGUCCUCUAUAAAAUUACGAAGACAAACAUACUAGUAUUGAGGGGAUGGUUACAAGAAUUAUGGAUGAACAGAGUUUAGACAGCCGAUGUAUUAUUUAUUUA